GCUCACUCAGUCUCAGUGCUUUUUGAUAGGCGAGUGCGUGCGUAGUGCGACUUGGUGCGAGCCAGCCAUCGAGCGGCAUGGCCAGCAGCGGCAGGCGAUUCUCCAGCCCCAACCUGAAGCAGCAGAAUGUGUCCGUCACCCUGGUGCGCGACGGCUUCGGCCAGCCGUGGGGCUUCCGACUGGCCGGCGGCGCCGACCUCGGCAUGCCGCUCACCGUGCAGAGGGCGCUGGCCGGCACCCCUUCCGAGGGCGAACUGAAACCCGGAGACAUCAUCACCAAAAUCGGUGACCGCGACGCCCGCCACCUCAGCCACAAAGACGCGCAGCACCUCUUCAAAAACGCCGGCAACAACGUCACCCUCCAAGUCCAGAGAGGAGGAGAUCAGCCGAAACCCUUGGCCUCAGGACCCAUUUCUCCCCCGUUGACCCUGUCCAAGCAAAGCCCAGUGACCAACGGAGGACACGCGUCGCCUGUGCCCAUGAAUAGACCCCUGCAAGUUCAGACUGCACUGCCGCCUGCGGCCAUGGAGGUCUUCAGCCCUGGCCCUGUGGUGCCCGCCAGAGGUCCUCAGGGUCUCGCAGCGCUGACCUCGCCACCAGCCGGCGCCCCUCUGCCCAACAGUGGCAACUUCUCAAAGACAAUCCAGAGUCCAGUGCACAACCUUCCAGUGACAACUUUCCCGCCUCCUCUGCCCGGUCUUGCCAACUCUCACUUUGGCCUUGAAGCACCGGAGUGCAUUGACAUGCAGCCGUACCGCACCACCCCACUGGUGUUGCCCGGCGCCAAAGUGAAGCGCGAGGUGCCAACGACCUCUUACCUGCAACACCACCCCAACCCUGCGAUGAGAGCCAACCCACAGCACUACGACCCGAACCUUGAGGUUUUGAUGAAACAAAAGGUGGCCGACACAGUUUUGGAGCGCGUGGCUGGUCCCGACGCCGCUAAGAAGGUGAUGCACAAGCAGUUCAAUUCGCCAAUCGGCCUGUACUCAGAGGACAACAUCGCUGACAGUGUGCAGGCGCAGACCGGAGUCACACCAAGCGCCUCGCUAACAGAAUUAAUCGAAACUGGAAUUCACCUGUUGAACUCUCUGUCUGUGCCCCAACCCUCCGUGAUCCGCCCCCCGUGUGCACAACCCCGCAGUUAUAAGGGCAAGAAGACGCUGUACUAUGACCCUGCCAAGUCGGAGACCUUCAAGGCGCUCAAGGACUCGGAACUCGGCGACACCGUCACUGAGGUGCCAGAGCCCAUUCAGCCCAAGGUGUUCACCCCACAGAAGCACAUCCAGCCACCACUCAACCAAUUGCAGAGGCAACAACAGGCAAAAUCUCCUCAUCCUCAGCCAGAGAAUUUGCUGGGAGACGACAAGAUCCACCAGAGCUACUCGUUCAGACGCCUCAUGAAUGAGGUCCUUGGGGAAAGCGACUUUUAAAAGGCAACGAUGUCUAUAAGCUGGUAUUAAUUAAUUAAUUAAUCUACCUAUUUCGCCGCAAAAAUCAUCGCAAAAAGAUGAAUUUGAAUAUUGCUAUUUUUAUGAAAUGAAAAAUUGUUAAUACUGAUAUGUAAAAAGAGAACACUCGAUUGGAGAGUAAUAAUUUAUGUUACGGAGAAUUUCUGAAUUAAAUUAUAUUGCAAAUA